AUGGCCUCGAGAGCUGCCACCCGUUUGACUGCAUUCCAGCGCUCCCUGGCUGCUGCUUCUCCCCGCAGCUCCCUUGCCCGCUCCCUCACCACAGCAGCCCGUACCGGCAGCACCAGCACCAGCACAUCCAUGAUGGCCUCAUCCAGGAAUAGCUCGGCUAUAGCUAUCCGCAGACUGCAUGCCACGGCUCAGCAGCUCAAGCCUGCUGCCGCUGCAACCGCCUCAACCACCUCCGCAGCAUCCACGGCUACCUCAUUCCCCCAGUCCCACGAACGCAUUGCCUCCCCCAUCGACACCACCAACUUUAUCGACAACGAAUUCACUGCUUCUCGCGCAGAGACAUGGAUUGACCUGUUCGAUCCUGCUACCAACAACCUGGUUACUCGUGUUCCCCAGAGCACCGAGGAAGAGAUGAAAGCUGCCGUUGCCAGUGCCCAGGCUGCGUUCCCGGCUUGGAAGGCCACCAGCAUCAUGGCCAAACAGCAGAUCAUGUUCAAGUUUGUCAACUUGAUUCGUGCCAAUUGGGACCGUCUUGCUGCCAGCAUCACCCUUGAGCAGGGUAAGACCUUUGCCGACGCUAAGGGAGAUGUUCUCCGUGGUCUGCAGGUAGCCGAGACCGCCUGCGGUAUCACCACCCAGAUAACCGGUGAGGUGCUCGAGGUUGCCAAGGAUAUGGAGACCAGAAGCUACAGAGAGCCAUUGGGUGUCGUCUCCGCCAUUUGCCCAUUCAACUUUCCUGCUAUGAUUCCGCUCUGGUGUAUCCCAAUUGCUACCAUGACUGGUAACACUCUUGUCAUGAAGCCAUCUGAGCGUGACCCCGGUGCCGCUAUGAUCCUUGCCGAGCUUGCCAGGGAAGCUGGUUUCCCCAAGGGUGUCAUCAACAUCAUCCACGGAUCUGCCAAGACUGUCGACUUCAUCCUUGAUGCUCCUGAGAUCAAGGCUAUCAGCUUCGUUGGAAGCAACCGCGCUGGUGAAUACAUCUUCACCCGUGGUUCUGCCAACGGCAAGCGUGUUCAGGCCAACCUUGGUGCCAAGAACCACUGCGCCGUCCUUCCUGAUGCCAACAAGAAUCAUGCCCUGAACGCCAUUGCAGGCGCUGCCUUCGGUGCUGCUGGCCAGAGAUGCAUGGCCCUUAGCACCCUGGUCAUGAUUGGUGAAACCAAGGAAUGGCUUCCUGAGAUCGCCGAGCGUGCUCGUGCCCUCAAGGUCGACGGUGGGUUCGAGGAGGGAGCUGAUCUCGGUCCCGUAAUCAGCCCCGAGAGCAAGAAGAGAAUCGAGGAUAUCAUCGCGACCGCUGAGAAGGAGGGCGCUACCAUCCUCCUUGAUGGCCGUGGCUACAAGCCCGAGAAGUACCCCAACGGUAACUGGGUUGGCCCAACCAUUAUCACUGGCGUCAAGCCACACAUGACCUGCUACAAGGAGGAGAUCUUCGGCCCAGUCCUUGUCUGUCUCGAAGUUGACACCCUCGAUGAGGCUAUUGAACUUAUCAACGCUAACGAGUACGGCAACGGUGCUGCUGUUUUCACCCGCUCCGGCCCAACUGCCACCAAGUUCCAGCGCCAGAUCGAGGCUGGCCAGCUUGGUAUCAACGUCCCCAUCCCUGUCCCACUCCCAAUGUUCAGCUUCACGGGAAACAAGAAGAGUAUCGCUGGUGGCGGAGCAAACACGUUCUACGGCAAGCCUGGCCUCCAGUUCUAUACCCAGCAGAAGACCGUCACCAGCCUGUGGAGAAGUGAGGACGCAAUCAGCAACAAGGCAAGCGUUGUCAUGCCCACCCACAGUUAA